AUGGAUGGAGCAGAAAUUACAUUCACGAAUCCAGAAAGUGCUACCGCUACUGUGUGGUCUGGAAUCGAAACUUCGGCAUCCCCACAGCUAUACCGACUUGGUUGGUAUGGCAAAUUUGGAUAG